AUGGGCCGUCACUUCUCGACCAACCACUCUCCCUCCUCCCGCCGUCACCGGAGCCACCGCGGCAUCUCUCCGCCGCCGCAAGAGAAGCAUCGGCCUUUGAGUCGCGGGUCGGACCGUUCGGGUUCUGGUUCGCCGGAUCCUCCUCCUCGCUCCCCCUCUCCACGAACGAAGCGCUUGAAGAGAGCUCAACCUGAACGUGAGCGCGAGAGGAGUAGAGGGAGGGGUUCGGAAAGGGAAGGUGUUGAGCGGAAGGAGAGGAAGAGGGUGGAGAACGACGGUGAGGGUGACGGCGGAGAACGUGACCGCGAAGGUGAGAGGAGUAGAGGGAGGGGUUCGGAGAGGGAAGCUGUUAGGAGGAGGGAGAGGAAGAGGACGGAGAAUGACGAGGAGGAGGGUCACGGCGGAGAAAAAAGCAGCAGGUCGUCAAGGUCGAGGCACGAGAGGUCGCCGGAGCGCCACCACAAUGGAAGGAACAGGCACAAGUCUCAGUCGCCACAGCGUCAUGACUCCGCCGGGAACUCAAAGCCUCGUGAUGAGCAUACAAAUUCAAGAGGUGCUGAACAGAUGAAUGACGAUGAUUCUAUCAUGAAGAUGAAGGCUGCUGAGGAGGCUCUGAAAGAAAAACAGAAGGCUCAACAAGGAGAGGUUGCAAUGAUUGCUAACUUGGCUGAUCCUGGCUAUGCACUUGAACUAUCAACUGCAGUUCCUUCUGUUGGAUUGAAUUGCAGGGACUCAAUGGGUACCGAAUUCGAAACCAUUGAGGGAAGGAUAACAUCUAUGCUUUCGCAGCUACAAUCUGAGUGUGGCAUCCUUCACAGAAUGGUCUACAAGAACAAGAACCAGCACCGGCGCUGUGGCUAUUUCCAGCGUCUCUUGAAGGUGAGAAGGGAUAUGAGGCUUCUGCAAUCUGCAAACUUGGAGGAGCUUGUUACAUCAUGUUUCCUUGUGAUCAAAGGAGAGAGACCAAAACAGAAGGUUCAUCUUUUAGAGAGCUUGAAAAGGAGAAAAUGCGAUGGUGAAAAGCAUAAUUUUUUGGAGCGCCUUUUAGGAGCUGCACGAUUACUGUCAGAGAUGGCUGAACCAAUACUGAAGGCUGCAAUUGAAAUAUCUGUAUUGUUUGCUCGAUCCUUUUUUAUGGGAUUUUCUGUAACAGUUAUGGCCUUGCUUGCGCGUAUUCGAGUUUUGGUUCAACAAAUCUUACUUGAUGUUGUUUCAUUGUUCAACAUGGUUUCUUCCCUGUCCAGAAAGAAGCAAUCAAUAAAAAUAUCUCAUGAGAGAGUAGAGAUAAAUUUAUAUUACUUGAGACAAAGCAUAAGUGGGAGAGUGAAAAUCAAAGUGAGGACUCUGGUGGAAAUUUCUCUUUUCAAGCAUCAGGUGUGAACUAUACUAGUAUCAAGUCUAUUCUUGGAGAUGAUCAACUUGUCACUCAGAGAGUUGAAACAGACCCUACUGCCAGAUAAGAUGUCAAGGACAUGAAUACU